AUGACUAAACUUCCAAACCAAUACAUUUGGGAUGACCACUCUAAAAAUAACUUUAGAGAAUCAUUAAGAUCACAAGAAAUACAAAAGAAAUUGAAUGAAUUUAUGAACUCAGAUUUCACCACUGAUUUGAACGGAACAAACCAAUGUGUAACCGAAUUCCAAAACAUCUUACUUGAAACAUCAAAAAAAAGUUUGAAAAUAAAAAAGAGCAAAAGAAGAAGAAAAAUCACUAACGUUGCCCAAAAGAAAUGGUUUGAUAAAGACUGUAGAAUCAAACGACAUGACUUAAGGAAAUUAUCUAAUUUAAAACAUAGAGAUCCUACCAAUGCUGAACUUAGAAAAAAAUUCCAUGAUGCCUUGAAAUCAUAUAAGGCAACUCUACAGCUGAAACAAAAUGAAUUUCACAACAAAAAGAUGAAUGAAUUAGAAACAGCUAGUCAAAAUGAUUUUAACCUUUUCUGGAAAACACUAAAGAACUUGACAGACGACCUUAAUACCGAAACUAAUUCUGAAAACUUACCAAAAAAUUAUGAAUGGUACUCACAUUUUGAACAAUUACAUCGUGAUCACCAUCUUAGUGAAGAACAAGAAAAAAUUAUCGGAAAAUUGAAACAAAAAGAAAACUCGAAAAAUCUCCUCAAUGAACUUGAUAUGGAAAUAACAACUGAAGAAAUAAUAAAAACAGCUAAGAAAAUAAAAUCUAAAAAAGCUGCACACUCAGAUAAAAUCAACAACGAAAUGAUAAAAUAUAGUGUUGAUAUCCUUGCCAAUGGUUUUAUAAAAGUAUUCAACACAAUAAUGAAAUCCGGAAAGUUCCCAACUUCAUGGUGUGAAGGACUUAUUUCACCAAUUUUUAAAUCAGGGAACAAAUUAGACCCAAGUAAUUACCGAGGAAUAUGUGUAUCAAGCUCGUUAGGAAAGUUCUUCUGCUCUGUUCUCAAUGAAAGACUGAUGAACUUUUCAAAAACUAAAGAAUUAUUACACCCUUCUCAAAUUGGUUUCCUACCAAAUAACAGAACGGCCGAUCAUAUUUUUACCUUAAAAACGUUGCAUGAUAAAUACGUUAAUCAAAAUAAUGAGAAAAUUUACACAUGCUUUAUUGAUUUUAAAAAAGCCUUUGAUUCUGUCUGGCAUGAAGGUCUUUAUUUGAAACUAUUAGAAAAUGGAAUCGGAGGAUGCUUCUAUGAUCUGAUAAAGGAUUUGUACUCCAAUACUCGAUGUGCAGUGAAAGUAUCGGGUCAUAGAACACCCUUCUUCUCAUACAAUAGAGGUGUACGCCAAGGUUGUGUUUUAAGCCCCCUUCUCUUUAAUGUAUAUAUAAACGAACUUCCUAAUCUAUUUGAAAAAGUAAAUCCAGACCCAUUUCUUUUACCAAAUGGAACGAGACUAAGUAGUCUACUAUAUGCGGAUGAUCUUGUCAUACUAUCAAGAUCAAAAUCCGGUCUCCAAAACUGUUUAGACUCCCUCAAUGAAUGGAGCAAAAAAUGGGUAAUGAAUAUUAAUUUGAAAAAAACUAAAGUUAUGAUUCUACAAAAACAUAACUCUAAACUACAAUCACUCGACUUUUUCUUGGGAGAUAAACGUAUUGAUAUUACAAACGAAUACACUUAUCUCGGUCUAAAACUAACUCCUAACACUAAAUUUUCAGUUGCGACUCAACAACUGAGUGAAAAGGCUAUGCAUGCAUUAUUUAAAAUACGGAAAAAUCUUGAUUUUCAGAAACUUACACCAAAACUUGCCAUAAAAAUCUUUGAUGGCAUAGUCUCUCCAAUCUUGCUUUAUAAUUCUGAGGUUUGGGGAGCCUAUGGUAACAACGAUUUUACUAAAUGGGACAAAACUAGUACUGAGAAAACACAUCUGAAAUUUUGCAAACUCUAUUUAGGUGUGAACAGAAAAGCGAGCAAUAUCGCUAGUAGGAGUGAAUUAGGUAAAUUCCCUCUAUUAAUACCCAUAUUCAAAAGAUUAUUUUCUUACAUUAACCACCUUAGUCAAUUACCAGAUACAAGUAUAGCGAAACAAACUUUUUACCUAUCAAAAAGACUUUACUCAAACGGUAAAGAUUCAUUCUAUUCUAAUGCUGCAAGCAUUAUUAAAAAGUUUCAUCCCAAUAUCGAAGAUACAAUAGACAUUGAAAAAUUUGUUCAGGAUACAAACAUAAACGAUUUUGUAAAAACCAUUAAAGAUAACUACACAUCAUUUUGGAAACGUCAAAUUAAAAACUCUAGUAAAUUGUCAUUUUAUUCUACAUUUAAAAAACACUAUAACUUAGAAGAAUAUCUAAAUAUCAUUAAAGACCCUAACCAAAGAAGACUGUUCUCAAAAUUUCGUAUAAGUAAUCAUAAACUAGAAAUCGAGUUCGGUCGUUAUAGCGAUGUACCUCGACAGGAGAGACUGUGUAAAUACUGCGAUAAACUUGCAGUUGAAGACGAAUUUCAUUUCUCAUUUGAAUGUGAAAAAUACCAAAAUUUGCGAAAUAACUCGCGCAACAUCCUAAACAACUAUUUCCAAAUGAGCAUCACUGAUAAAUUAAAGAGAAAAUUAUUAAGUGAUCUUAUGUCAUUGAAUGACCCUGUGAUAACAGGUCUAUUUUCGGAACAUAUUUCGAAAUGUUUUUAUAUCAGAGACAACAGCCCUUAA